GUUCAGCUUACGAUUCUUGUACUCGUUUCCUUUAUUUCAAAUUAUACUUUCAGCUAGUCUGAUGAGCUAAUAUCUUCAAAGUAGUAUUCUCUGAGAAUACUUUAAAGAAGAAACCUGAAUCAAAAGCUAGAGAAGAAAAGGCCAUCUAGAGCUAUGUCUUCCAAGCUGCAUCAAGAAGCGGUGAAAGACACACGGGUACUCCCUUUUACAAACAACAGCCUACCUGAUUUUGUGAUUAAGAAGUGCACUGAUGAGUUGCGCGAAAUUCCAGAAACCAAAGAAUGUGCACUUGGAGAGCUCGUCAACUAUCUCAAAGGAAAUCCAAAAACGAGUGGCACUGAAUUUGAAAGGGAUUUUUUGGUGCAUUAUUUGAGAGUCAACAAAUAUGACGUCAAAAAGUCGUUGAAGCAUAUUCAAAACUAUGUUGACUUAUGGAAUAAAGAAGGUUUUCUGUUCAAAGGUAUUCCUGAUGACUAUUUUUCGUCAAAAAUAUCUACCAGUUUCUGCGCUCUUUUACCAGAAAGAUGCCCCGAUGGAUGCCCAGUAAUCCUCUUUCGAAUUGGAAAAUGGGAUACUAACGAGAUGAAGUUUACAGACAUUCUGAAAAUUAUAGCAGCAACGCACUUGCAGUUGUUCCGUGAUCCAAUGACUCAGAUCAAUGGAAUUAAGACAAUUUAUGAUUUCAAGGGAACUUCCUUUCAGCAUCUUCGGAAUAUUUUAAAUGACAAAUUAUAUCUGAUAAAUCACAUACCAAUGAAUUGUAUUCCCGCUAGACAUAGGGACGUGCAUAUAAUCAAUGAAACGAUUGUCCUGAAUACAGUCUGGAAAUUAGUAAAGCCAUUUCUGUCACAAAAAUUAAGAAACAGAGUUCACUUUCUUUCAGACCCUAAGAGACUAUGUGACUAUUUUUCACCCUCUAUACUACCUGCCGAAUAUGGAGGGGAAAUCCAGAACAUCGAUUCCCAAGAAUGGAUCAGACGCAUAAAUAGAGAACAAAAAAACUUCACCAUAGGUGGACAGCCGAAUUUUUACUGAAAUUCCGCCCCCUCUUUUAGAGGGAGUA